AUGAUGGUUACUUUAAAAUCAUAUUUAUUUUUUGCUACAGUUGGGUUCUUGCUUAUCGAAGCCGUAGAUUUAUCUGACACGACAGAACCGGGAGCAUUCUGCGUCAAUCCUGCAGGUGAACCGGGAAAGUGUAUUCCUACGCGGAACUGUGAGGUACUUCUGCACGUUGUUGGUAAAGCCAUAGUAUCAACUAAGGAAAAACUAUUCUUGCUGAAAAGUCGUUGCGGUACGCAUGAAAGUAGGCCUUUGGUAUGCUGUGCUGGUCCGCCACCAGACGAAGGGCUUGAAUUACCGUCACCUCCAGGUUGUGGAAUACGGUCUUCAUCGAUCCUUAUUGGAGGCCAGCUGACACAGAUCGAUGACUUCCCCUGGACGGCGUUGAUCGAGUACGCGAAGCCCGACGGAAGCUAUGGCUUUCACUGUGGGGGAACACUUAUCAGUCAGGGGCACAUCGUGACCGCUGCUCAUUGCGUCAGCUCUCUUCCUACUGGAUGGAAGGUCAAUCGAGUACGGCUUGGUGAAUGGGACAUUUCGGCGAUUGAAGAUUGUGAGCACGAUUAUUGCAAUAAUCCAGUUAUUGAUGUGAAUAUCUCUAAGAUCAUCGUACACGAUGGGUAUGAUUUGCGGGGCAAUAGCUUCAGCAAUGAUAUUGCUCUCAUCCGCUUUAAAGAGCAAGUGAAUUUCUCGAACACAGUCCAACCGAUCUGUCUACCAUUAUCAGAAUCGAUUCGAAGUGAAAAUGUGACGGGAAGUUUUAGCACCGUGGCUGGAUGGGGAAGCACACCAAGGGUCAGUGGAGCUGCUAAAAAACUGCAGGUAGAUCUUAAUCUGAGAAAUACACAGCAGUGCUCAUCCAUUCUGGAACAGCGUGGAACGGGUUUCCCGCCUUUAGCUCAGCUAUGUGCUUUAGGAGAACGAUCAAACAGGGAGAUCUGCAGUGUUGAUGCUGGAGGAGGCUUGGUGCGGGUUUUCUACGGUUUCUACUAUCUCAUUGGGAUUGCCGGUUUGGUAAAGGAAAAGUGCGGCUCGGCUGAUGUUCCUGGUGUUUACACGGAAGUGUCAGCUUACGUUGACUGGAUAAAACAGAACAUCAAUUCUAUAGGUAAUAUUAUGGCGAGAAGUCAAUUGUACCGGUGGCUGCUGUCGCUGUGCGUGCUAACUACAGUUAACGUUGCUGAGGCAUUAGACCGCGGGCAAAGCUGUGUAAAUCCUGUAGGGAAGCCAGGCACAUGUAUGCCUUUUCGAGAAUGCCCACCGCUGAUGGCUAUAUACAGAAAACCUAUUACAACUCCGGAUGAAUCAAGGUUCUUGGCAAACAGCCGUUGUGGAGAGAUUGAUCGCCGCACGUUGGUAUGUUGUGCAACAGCUGAUUUUAGUGAGACUAUCAACAACGAUCUCCCUGUACCACCGCGAUGUGGCAUUCAGCUGUCGGAUCGUGUCGUUGGGGGCCAGACAACCGAGUUGGAGGAGUUCCCGUGGUCGGCUCUCAUUCAAUAUUGGAGGUCAGAGGGUUUCUACGAAUUUUCCUGCGGUGGUACGCUAAUAAACGCACGAUACAUCCUGACAGCAGCUCACUGCGUUAAAUUUCUUCCUCAAGGCUGGCAAGUAUCUAAGGUUCGGCUCGGUGAGUGGGAUCUUGCCACGGAAAACGAUUGCUUGAAUGGUGUCUGUUCGCCAUCUCCUAUCGAUCUCGCAGUGGAAAAUAUCAUUGCUCACAGUGACUACACCGGAAAAAAUACCAGCCAUAUCAACGAUAUUGCACUGAUGCGCCUCGAGCAAGAUGUACCUUCGUCCUCAACGAUACGACCAAUCUGUCUGCCAGUGAUGGAUUCGGUUCGUAAUCUUAACUGGAUAGGCAUGUCCAGCUUCGCUGUAGGCUGGGGUAAAACGGAAACAGCAUUAGCUAGCGAGAAGAAACUAAAAGUCGAACUGAAAGUGAGGGAUCUAACAAACUGUUUGCAGGCAUAUAGCGGAAAUGGUAUUUAUUUGAAACCUUCUCAAAUGUGUGCCGGAGGUGUACGAGGCAAGGAUACGUGUACCGGUGACUCAGGUGGACCGCUGAUGGCCAAGGUUAAAGGUGCAUGGUAUCUGAUAGGUGUCGUUAGCUUUGGAGCGAACAAGUGCGGAACUGCCGGGUACCCGGGUAUUUAUACCAAUGUGGCGAUGCAUAUGGAUUGGAUUGAAAGUAAUAUACAGUAG